CGACGCCCUUAUAUAAACCCUACCUAAUUAAAUUAUUUCACAUGUUCAUCAACUCAUCUUAUCUUUUACUACACCCAUUUACUUUGUUUUUUAUUUCAUCAAUGGAUGCACUCCGUGUUCAUCAAAUGAAAAGAUCAAAGAAAAGCUCAAAGAGAAGCAACUCCAAGAAAGAUUUUAAAGUCGUUUAUAUUUCAACUCCCGUGAAGGUCAAGACGUGUGCGUCGCAGUUUCGAUCUUUGGUGCAAGAACUCACAGGCAAAGACUCCGAUGUUGCCGACCGGUUGGCCGACUACGACAGCAGCACUCCCGAUAAUUCUCCGACUAAUUCCGACAUGACAGGGGUUGCUGCAGGUGAUCGUGUUAAUAAUGGUCAGCCUUUGCUUAAUUCUAGCGUUAUUGGAUCGGUGUUUGAUCCAUUUUGUGAUGAACUUAUGUCGGAAGGGAGUUUCAUGGGGAUGUUUACAUCAAAUUUGUCUCAUGGUCCUUCUCAAUUUGAUGCUAUUACACGCUUUGGUUCAGUCUAAUUAAUUUCAAAGUAUGUAACUAUUUCUUUGUAAUUACUUUAUAUAUAUAUAUAUACACUUUUGUUAUAAUAUAUUAUCUCAUUUAUUGUGCUUA